GCCGCAGCCGGCUGCUUGCCGGGCCGGGGCCGCGGCACUUGGCGCUGAGGAGGCGGAGCGCGAUCGCGGCUGCCGGGGAGGGGCGUGGGGGAGCCGCCGGGUGCUGGCGGCAGGACCAGGACCAGGCCCAGGCGGCGGGAGGCGGGCGCGGUGCCGCUCCCUGCCGGGCCCGCGCCCCCCUCAGGGCGUUCCCGCGUGGGCGGCCCAGCCCGGCCCGGCCCGGCCCGGCCCUCAGUUUCCGCCUUUCCCGGCGGCGGCGGCGGCGGCUUCCCGCAGCGGACCUCCUUUUUCUGUCAGCUGUAAGUGCUUGAAGCUGCUGCUCAGAACUUUUUCAAACAACGGUCAUGGGAAACUGAUAGAAGGGCACCUAAUAGCAGCAAGUGCCUCUGCUCAUCUCUCCAGGUUCUUUGGAACUAAAAAAUGGCAUUUCGAAAGGCAGUAAAAGGAACUGUUCUCAUUGGAGGAGGUGCCAUAGCAACAAUUUUUGGCCUCUCUCAAUUUUCUCAGUAUAGAAACAAACAUGGCAACCUCGUAUAUAUUCAAGCAGCAGAACCUGCGAAUGUUCCAAUGAAAAAUCACCUUCCUGCAAGAGAAGAUCAGCUACUAGCUCUACAAAACACAAGCGAAUUUGAUGUGCUAAUUAUAGGAGGAGGAGCAACAGGGAGUGGCUGCGCUUUAGAUGCUGUUACUAGAGGACUAAAAACAGCCCUUGUAGAAAGAGAUGAUUUCUCAUCAGGGACCAGCAGCAGGAGCACUAAAUUGAUCCAUGGUGGAGUGAGAUAUCUUCAGAAGGCCAUCAUGAAGUUGGAUUUUGAGCAGUACAAGAUGGUAAAAGAGGCACUUCAUGAGCGUGCCAAUUUGCUUGAGAUCGCUCCUCAUCUGUCCUCUCCUUUACCUAUAAUGCUUCCUGUUUACAAAUGGUGGCAGUUACCAUAUUACUGGGUGGGAAUAAAACUCUAUGACCUCGUAGCAGGAAGUCAGUGUCUGAAAAGCAGCUAUGUCCUCAGCAAAUCAAGAGCCUUGGAACUUUUUCCAAUGUUACAGAAAGACAGGCUUGUAGGAGCUAUUGUCUACUAUGAUGGACAACACAAUGAUGCACGAAUGAACCUUGCCAUUGCCCUCACUGCUGCCAGGUAUGGUGCUGCCACAGCCAAUUACACUGAAGUGGUGCACUUGCUGAAGAAGACAGAUCCAAAGAGCGGGAAGGAGCGUGUCUGUGGCGCACAUUGCAGGGAUGUUUUAACAGGGCAGGAAUUUGAUGUCAAAGCCAAGUGUGUUAUCAAUGCUACGGGACCUUUCACAGACUCUGUGCGCAAAAUGGAUGAUCAGGAAGUAGCAAACAUCUGUCAGCCAAGUGCAGGCGUGCAUAUUGUGAUGCCUGGUUAUUAUAGCCCUGACAACAUGGGGCUGCUUGACCCAGCCACUAGUGAUGGCCGAGUGAUUUUCUUCCUGCCGUGGGAAAAGAUGACUGUUGCUGGGACAACAGAUACUCCAACUGAUAUCACUCCUCACCCAAUACCUAAAGAAGAAGAUAUCAACUUUAUUUUGAAUGAAGUGCGCAACUACCUGAGUUGUGAUGUUGAAGUGAGAAGAGGAGAUGUCUUGGCAGCAUGGAGUGGCAUUCGUCCCCUGGUCACAGAUCCGAACUCUAAAGACACACAGUCAAUAUCUCGGAAUCACAUUGUUGCUGUCAGUGAUAGUGGCCUUGUAACCAUAGCAGGUGGGAAAUGGACAACCUAUCGCUCCAUGGCACAGGAUACCAUUGAUGCUGCUGUCCAGGCUCACAAUCUCAUGGCAGGCUCCAGUAAGACAGUAGGACUUUUAUUACAGGGGGCAAAAGACUGGAGUCCUACUCUUUACAUUAGACUGGUCCAGGAUUAUGGACUUGAAAGUGAGGUGGCUCAGCAUCUUGCUUCUACAUAUGGUGACAAGGCUUUUGAGGUGGCUAAAAUAGCCCAGGUUACUGGCAAGAGGUGGCCUAUUGUUGGAAAACGUCUUGUGUCCGAAUUUCCAUAUAUUGAAGCAGAGGUGAUAUAUGGUGUAAAAGAGUACGCCUGCACUGUAGUCGAUAUGAUCUCGCGUCGUACUCGCCUGGCCUUCCUGAAUGUGCAGGCUGCUGAUGAAGCCCUACCAAGAAUUGUUGAUAUCAUGGGGAAGGAACUUAAUUGGAGUGAACAGCGGAAAAAGGAAGAACUUGCAGCUGCGAAAAAGUUUCUGUACUAUGAAAUGGGAUAUAAGGCAAAAUCAGAGCAAUUAACGGACAGUUCUGAAAUCAGUCUUGUGCCUUCGGAUAUUGAAAGAUAUAAGAAGAGAUUCCACAUGUUUGAUAAAGAAAAUAAAGGAUUUAUUACCAUACUGGAUGUCCAACGUGUCUUAGAGAGCAUCAGUAUUCAAAUUGAUGAAAAUACACUUCACGAUAUUUUAAAUGAAGUGGAUUUAAACAAAAAUGGGCAGGUGGAACUCGAUGAGUUUUUACAGCUCAUGAGUGCUAUUCAGAAGGGCUAUGUCUCUGGGAGCCGGCUUGCAGUGCUUAUGAAGACUGCUGAAGAGAAUCUACAUCAGAGAGUUGUAAUUCCAGUGGAUCGAAGUGGAGGUGGACUGUGAGUCUAACUACAAAACCUGCUUACAGCUACAAGAUAGUGGAUAUGUGUAGCUGCUUCUCUCAGUGUGGAAAAACAUUCCAAUGCUUUCAGUUUGUCUCUGCUUAUUCAACAUGAUCAGUAUCUGGCAUUCAGUGCCGCUUCUCCAAAAAGUACAUUGGUGCAUUUAUCUUUUCCUUAUUAACAUUUUCUGAACAGCUGUUAAUGCUUCAAUAUGUGGCCUUUUGGACUGAACAUGCUUUAGGUGUAGAAUUUAUUAGUGGGAAUUCAGAGUGCUGUCUGGAAAAGAUUUGUGUGCGCAUGCACACACAUAUGCAUACAGACAUGCACAUGCACCACCAGCCUUGUUCAUUAAAAUUUGGUAUCCUUUAUACUUAAAAAGAAAAAAAAAAGAUGCAUAGAGUGGGUCACAUCUUUAAAAAAAAAAAAAAAAAAGAGAGAGACUGCAUGUAUCAAAGUGGUGCCUGGUUUGUUGGUUUGUUUUAGGGUUUUUUGUUUGUUUCUUUCUAUAGGAAUAAUUAUUUAGGGCAAAUGUUCAUUUCCAGGAUAUCAGAAGAGUAGCAAGAACUAGCUUGAGAAUUUUGUAAAUUAAAUGUUCUACUGGGAAAUUGAAAUUUAUAGAUAGAAGUUUUCAGUUGUUUUCAGCAUUGUGUUAUUUCAGUGGCAUCAAUAGUUUGUCAGACUAAUGUCCAGCAAUAAUGUUUUGGAAGCAUAAGAAUGGACAACCACAAGAAGAAUUGCUAAAAAAUAAAAUAAGUCUUAUCAUAGCUUAAUAUAAGUUAGAGGAAAAGCAAGGGUACACCUUUCCUUCCCCCAUGUUUGUGAAAAGUCUGCUGGCCUGAGUAAAUUGCUUGGUCUGGCAAGUGUUGCCACAUGUUGUAAAGUCUCUUGUACUGUUUGUUUUUGUGCUUGUAGACAAAUGCGGAAUGUAUGUAAAAUAGCUAGACCUCUGUGAUAGUGUUUGCACUAUCGCUUUUUUGCCACUUUUAUGCUUGUAAAAUUCACAAGCAUCACGUGAAAUAAGAAAGUUAAUUUGCAUUCCAGCAGACUUUACUGAGAAGUGUAAAGGCUAUUUUUCAGCAAAUUAAAAGCAAAGUUAAGAGCCAAUUUUGGACCACUUAUUUGAGCCAGUCUCAACAUAUGCCAUACCUGGCUGUUUGCCUUGUGACUUUUUCUUUUGUUAGCUUUAACUAGGAUUGGUAUCAAGAUCAGAUCAAAAUGUUUUGCCUGGUAUACUGUGGGGAAAGGAUAAUAUAUGAAUAAUCUUAUGGAUGUUUCUCUCUCUGAGUAUAGAUGCCAGUUUACAUCUCAAACCAGAAGCCUUGAGUAUUAGGUGCCAGAAUAUCUGCACAUAAUUGUAUGUUAAAAUUUUUGUAAGGAAAAAAUUUAAUAUUCUGCAACACUACAAAACUGAAAAAAUACAUAUUUCUUUUUUUAGAAUAGAAGGGAAAAUAUCUUUUAUGCAAACUAUAUAAGUGCGGAGAUUUCCUUACGAUCUAUGAUGAUAAUAGUAAGCACAAGUGUCAUUGUUUGAAAUUUUUCUUCUAGCAAGUUCCCUCCUAUGAAAAGUGGUGACUAUCUAAAAAUAGUAAAGGAGAAAAACACCUAAACUUCUGUAAAUAAUUGUGUAUCUAUUAGUCCAAGACAGAUAUAUGGCAGUUAGUCUCUGUAAAGUCUAGGGAAAGAAAUAGUUUUCUAAAAAGUCCCAGGUGACAUCCUCUGGAAAAGUGUUUUGCUUAUUAGAUUUGGCUAACAUACCUUGUACCUCCCUGCAGACCUGGCAUGAGGGAAACUCAGCUUUCUUGCUUGGAGACCUGUGUAUUCUCAUUUGGCUCGGUCUAUGUGAUAAAACCUUCAGACCACUUGACAAUGUGACGUUUAUUUUGAAUAAAAAGGAUUGUUUCCCUGUGGCUCUGUCAACUUUUUUUCUGUUGAAUAUGCCAGCAUUUGCAAGAUAAAAUAUAUAUCUGUAUAUUUUCUAGAUAAAAUAUAAUCUUGAAACUUAAACUGGAUUUGCCAAAUAAGCUCUCCAAGCAGAGUAAAGAACCCCAAACCAAUGUUACUACAUAUCACAGUGUUUAAGGGUAGGGAGGAGGGGAAUAAAUAUACAACAGUACAAGGUUUGGGUUUGGUUUUUGAAAGGACUUAUGCUACCAGUAAUUUUUAAACUGUAAUUCUAAUAGAUGAUGUGAAAGUCUUUUUUCAUGUCAGGUAAAGAAAACCAUUAUACUUGUAUAGUUCAGUAAUAUAUAUAUAUAUUUUAAUUGUCCAUCCUGUUACUUCCCCUUUCUCUCCUCCUAUCCUUAAAUUCCUCUCUCACUGACACUGUUCAGUGUGAUUGAACAGAUUUCCUGUAAAGCCAAAAUUAUAUCCAAUACACUCCUUGCUGUUCUCCUGUUUUACUAAUAAUGCCAUCAGAAUAUAAUGCUGGGAUUUUCAUGGCAGUGUGCAAGUCAUCGUAUUCUGAUUUACAUGAAUUUUAGCCAGGUUACUGUCUUAGCCUCCGCUUUUCUAUUUUGUCAUAGUACAGCCAAAUGUGUAUAACUACCUAUUUUGUACAACAGGAAAAAAGUUGCACAUGUUAUUUACAAUGGCUUAAAUCAGUAAAAAAAAAUAAUUCUGGAUUUUAUUAAUUUCAUCAACACACUUUGUUUCCAGAUGAGAUUGUCUCACAAGCUUACUGUUGAAGUCAAAGCAACUAUAAAAUUUCAGUGUCUGGCAUUGUUCUAAUAUUAUGUGAAGCAACUACUGUGCUCUUUAACAAACAAGCCUAAGACCAGUAGUGAUGUGUGUGUGUAUAUAUACUGCAUGUUUUUACAUGUGGCACUUUUAUGUAUUGUGUUGGGUUAUUGUUCUAGAUUGGACUGUUAAAUACUGUGUUUGAGGCUGGGUUGUCAUUUUUAUAACUGUCUUGGUGUUUUAUUGCCAUUAUUUAUUACUUUUGAUAUACAGAAUGAGCUGCAUGCAUUUAUAGAGCAAUAAGAGGAUGUAUUUAAUGUGCCUUGUUUUUAACUGAAUAAGAACUGAAAGCAUGAAUCAAUAAACUGAUUAAAAUGGUC